GUGACAAGAAGAUUAGACUACUGGGGACCUCCUUCAGAGAUCAGAAUGGCAGAAGAGUGGGGGAAACAGGCUUUUGCUGCCAGGCGGCACCAUGAAGAUUCAACCAGGGGAUCUGCGUUCGUGUAUACAAACAGCAAUCACACCAGAGAUCCCUUUGAGGGUCCCAAUUACCACAUUGCUCCUCGAUGGGUUUACAAUCUUGCAACACUCUGGAUGUUUUUUGUGGUCGUCUUAUCAGUCUUCACCAACGGUCUCGUCUUGGUGGCCACAGCAAAAUUCAAGAAACUCCGUCACCCUCUCAACUGGAUCUUGGUCAAUCUUGCAGUUGCUGAUCUUGGGGAGACACUUUUUGCCAGCACCAUCAGUGUAUCUAACCAGUUUUUUGGUUACUUCAUUCUGGGACACCCAAUGUGCAUCUUUGAGGGCUAUGUUGUCUCACUUUGUGGUAUCACUGGACUGUGGUCCCUGGCUAUUAUCUCCUGGGAGAGAUGGAUAGUUGUGUGCAAACCUUUUGGAAAUGUCAAGUUUGAUGCUAAAUGGGCCUUAGCUGGAAUUAUUUUCUCCUGGGUCUGGUCAGCAGUUUGGUGUGCUCCCCCCAUUUUUGGAUGGAGCAGGUACUGGCCUCAUGGACUGAAGACCUCUUGCGGACCUGAUGUAUUCAGUGGAAGUGACGACCCAGGAGUCCAGUCCUACAUGAUCACUCUUAUGUCCACAUGUUGUAUCCUUCCUCUUGCUAUCAUCAUCUUGUGCUACAUUGCUGUCUGGUGGGCUAUCCAUAGUGUUGCCAUGCAGCAGAAAGAAUCAGAGUCAACCCAGAAAGCUGAGAAAGAAGUAUCCAGGAUGGUCAUUGUCAUGAUCUUGGCUUUUUGUUUCUGUUGGGGACCUUACACCUUCUUUGCCUGCUUUGCUGCGGCUAACCCUGGCUAUGCCUUCCACCCUCUGGCUGCUGCCAUGCCUGCAUACUUUGCCAAGAGCGCCACCAUCUACAAUCCAGUUAUCUAUGUCUUUAUGAACCGACAGUUCCGUUCAUGCAUCAUGCAGCUCUUUGGCAAAGAAGCAGAUGAUGGCUCCGAAGUCUCCUCAUCAUCAAAGACAGAGGUCUCCUCUGUGGCUCCUGCAUAAACAUAUAUGUCCUGAAUUUUGGAAAAAUACUGAAUGUCAUUUGUACAGUAUAUAUAUUGAUUGUGUUUCCUUUUUUUUUUUUUUUAGUAAA